CUCUUUCCUGGGAGUGGGAGUUUGCUCCAAACUUUGUUUAUGGGACAGUCCGGGAGCCGCGGCGGCCGCGCUGUCUGCUUCUCUUCUGCCUCCUCGCGGAGCGCGAGCGCCUGAGGCCAGUUCGGGGGAUGUGAGAGCAGAAGCCCCUCGGCUGCCAGGCACCGAGUCGGGUCAGGAUUUGCCAGCCGGGCCCCGGCUCCAGCCCUGCAAGCUCGGGACGCACCCUAGCGACCCAGGCCCGACGGCGAGUUCGGGCGGGACGGCGGCCGCCGCACGCCCAGACUCGGCUUCGCUGCGCGCCCAGAAGAUGAAUCCGGCCUCGGCGCCCCCUCCGCUCCCGCCACCCGGGCAGCAAGUGAUCCACGUCACUCAAGACCUAGACACGGACCUCGAAGCCCUCUUCAACUCGGUGAUGAACCCCAAGCCCAGCUCGUGGCGGAAGAAGAUCCUGCCCGAGUCGUUCUUCAAGGAGCCUGACUCCGGCUCGCACUCGCGCCAGUCGAGCACCGACUCGUCCGGUGGUCACCCGGGGCCCCGACUGGCCGGCGGCGCCCAGCACGUCCGCUCGCACUCGUCGCCCGCGUCUCUGCAGCUGGGCACCGGCGCGGGCGCUGCGGGCAGCCCGGCGCAGCAGCACGCGCACCUCCGACAGCAGUCCUACGACGUGACCGACGAGCUGCCGCUGCCCCCGGGCUGGGAGAUGACCUUCACGGCCACUGGCCAGAGGUACUUCCUCAAUCACAUAGAAAAAAUCACCACAUGGCAAGACCCUAGGAAGGCGAUGAAUCAGCCCCUGAAUCAUAUGAACCUCCACCCAGCUGCCACUUCCACACCAGCGCCCCAGAGGUCCAUGGCCGUGUCUCAGCCGAAUCUCGUGAUGAAUCACCAGCACCAGCAGCAGAUGGCACCCAGCUCCCUGAGCCAGCAGAGUCUCCCUCCUCAGAACCCACCAGCAGGGCUCAUGAGUAUGCCCAACGCGCUGACCACGCAACAGCAGCAGCAGCAGAAACUUCGGCUUCAGAGGAUCCAGAUGGAGAGAGAGAGGAUUAGGAUGCGUCAAGAGGAGCUCAUGAGGCAGGAAGCCGCCCUCUGCAGACAGCUCCCCAUGGAAGCCGAGACUCUAGCCACAGUUCAGGCUGCUGUCAACCCACCCGCCAUGACUCCAGACAUGAGAUCCAUCACUAAUAAUAGCUCGGAUCCUUUCCUCAAUGGGGGGCCAUAUCAUUCGAGGGAGCAGAGCACCGACAGCGGCCUGGGGCUAGGGUGCUACAGUGUCCCAACGACUCCGGAGGACUUCCUCAGCAACGUGGAUGAGAUGGACACAGGAGAAAAUGCAGGACAGGCACCCAUGAACAUCAACCCUCAGCAGACCCGUUUCCCUGAUUUUCUUGACUGUCUUCCGGGAACAAAUGUUGAUCUAGGAACUUUGGAAUCUGAAGAUCUGAUCCCCCUCUUCAAUGAUGUAGAAUCUGCUCUGAACAAAAGCGAGCCUUUUCUAACCUGGCUGUAAUCAGUACCAUUGUAGCUUGGAUGCAGCCGUGACCUGACAUUUCCUGGGCCUCUUGGAAAAAGCGAUGGAGCAGAGCAAGUCUGCACGUGUGCCGCUUACUUACUGCCUCCGUGACGCAUGCUCCCUCCUUUCCUUGUGGCCAGUUUAAUCAUUGCCUGGAUUUGAUUGACAGUAACUUAAGUUAAACAUAAAUAAACAUUCUAUUUUCAUUUUCUGCAAGCCUGCCUUCCUGUGAUGGGUUAUGCAGAAUUGUUUCAGCAGAAUUGAUUAUGCAGAAUUGCUUCUCUGCUUUCCUUUCUGCUGCCCCAUGACUAAGCUUUAUGGGUGUUAGUUGAAAUUUAUACAUCAAUUGAUUAUAAACCAUGAAAAGCUGACCACAGGCAGUGACUUCUGACAGGCGGCUCGGUCCAGGAAAUGUACACAAAAUUCAACCUGAUUUACAGUUCCAAAAACUGUGUUGAUGACAUUAGUACCAAAUGCUUUAAAAAAUAUUUAACUUGAGCUUUAAAAAUCAUUGUACAGGUAGUAAAAUUCUGCUGUUUGGAAUACAAUGUAGUCUGGGAUCCAUGCUGGUUCUGUUGGUUCUUAUUACCCUGUAUUCACAAAGGCACACACAGUCCUAUUGUAGUUUAUCCUUCAGCAGCAUUAGUCACAGCUCCUACACUAAGAUCUUAUGAAAGAGACCAGUUUGGUACCAAUUAUGAACAUUUAUUAAACAAAGGUUUUUAAAAUUACAAGUUGGAUUUUUUUUUUUAAACUGCAGCUUAGAACUCAAUGUUUAUUUUAUGAAGCACUAUCAUUUUGUAGCUGAUGACAAAGGGCAGUCAAAUGUUUUUGAUAAAUCAGGACAACUGUAUUUUUGUCUUUUGAAACUGUUCUGAAAACAUCAGGACCACAUAGCUUUCAACCUGAUGGCACGCACAGUAAGCUGUUGCUUUUAAAAUUCCAAAGCCUUGUCGGUUUUGCUUCUUUCAAGAUUUCAAGUGUUUAAAAUAAUCUUAUCUAGGAAACUGUUUGAAGGAUGAAGCAGAUCUCUGACUGACAUGUAAAAAAAAUGCCCCCUGAGGGUGUAUGGUGGAGACAUGUUUCUGAAGUCACUAAUGUUGAUUCCUAAGUAUAUUAUCCUAACCUUGUUUGCUACAGUUGGUAUAAAAAGGCAUGAAAUAUGUACUCAAUACCUCUUAUGUAACCAAAACCGUUUUUUAUUAGCUUUUAAGGACUGAGAGAGAGCAUUGGGUUUGCCUGGCAUGCCCCCUGCCUGCAUUGCCAAUGAAGUCCUCAACUGUUUAAUAUUUUGAACGGACAUUAUUUAUAAUCUAUGAAUUUAAUAUCUUUUUUUGAGAGACGUUAAUAAUGCAGGUCUCUGAGAGGAACCUUUCCAUUCCCAAGGGGCUUAUUUGCUGGGGAUCUGAGAUCCUUUUCGAUCUACCAGAAGAUAGAUGGGCAGAAUACAUCUUAUCUUGUUGGAAAGAAAGCAAGUGUAAAGGUCAGAGACGAAGUAGUAAAGUUAGGGAAUAUAGUGGAAAGGCUGUUAGGUGUGAAAUGGAAAUAGACAAGCUGUAGUACCCCAAAAGCAAGACGAGCAGGAGGUAUGAGGUGCCCCCAAAGAGCAAAGCAACGAUUUUCUCCUACAGUCUUUGUACCAAAAGACUGUUGUAGAAGAAAAGAAGGCUUUGGUGCACUUUACGUGGGAGAAGGAGGGACAGGGCUAGUGUUGCCCUGUCUACGCUGAUGUUAAGUGUGUAGGCGGACAAGACCGUAAACCUACCAUUGCUUCCAACACAAUGAAGUGACUUUUUUCCCCUGAAGGACCCAUGGUUUCUGUUCCUCUGAUUCCUUCUCUCUCUCUCAAAGCGCUCUGAGAGAGAUGGGGGUAGAUGGGGGUAGAUGUUUCUUUUGCUACUAAAUUGAAGGGAGCACUAUUUCUUUUCCUCUUGUGUUAGCAAUAAUUGCAAAAAGCAUUGUACAUUCUUUCUAAGAAAAAGCAAAAAAAAAAAAAAAAACUCAAAAACAAGGGACCUAGUAAAACUGAGCAGUGUUACUGUAUUUUUAAAAAAUAUUUUUAUAGACUCAUUUUCAGGUUAUUAAACAUAAAAGAAACAGAUACCCCUCUCUUUUUAAAGUAGUUAAAACAUCGAUGAUUUGUAUUAUCAAUUUUUAGAAGUAAUUUCCUAGUAAGCUUGUGGCAUUAGAAAAUACUAGAAGAAUUUUUUUAGUGAAAUUAGUCAGAACGUUUAUUAAUGAACAUAACAAUUAUUUUUCCAGAAUUAACUAUGGACCCUGACUACGUGUUUACUAAUAAAUGAAGCCAGAUAUAAUUUUUGUUGUUAUUUUUAAGGCCAUAAAAUAUGGCCUU